AUGUUCACCAGUAGGCUUGCCAAGUGCUCAUUAGUUGCCGUCACAUGGCUGCCCGUGUACAUGACAGUGACACACCAUGUUGUAUUCAUAUCGAAGGUGGAAGGCCCCUCGAUGCGCCCAACGCUCAAUCCAAUGGACGGAGUUGCAUCGGACUGGGUUUUGGUGUGGAAGCUUGGAAAGACUAAUAUUCGGAACCUGAAUCAUGGGGACGUGGUGAUCUUCCGCUCACCCAUGAACCCCAAGAAAGUAUACUGCAAGCGCAUCCAGGGUAAGCAGUAUGAUACGGUGCGCACGCGGUAUCCUUAUCCGAAGAGUACCUGCGAAGUGCCAAAGUCGCACAUAUGGGUCGAGGGGGACAAUGUCACGCAGUCGGUGGACUCGAAUCACUUCGGGCCGAUUUCGACGGGGCUUGUGGUAGGCGAGGUGACACGGGUCAUAUGGCCGCCAUCGAGAUGGGGCGCAGACCUGCACGAGGGCAUGGGUCGACGCGCAGUUGUUGCUUCAUGA